AUGGCAGACUGUAAUCCUGACAAGAGCUGGACGCUUGUCAAGUACCUGCGAGAUGGAAAAUAUGACGUGAUCCCGUUUCGCUGGGUUCGAAAGAGGCAUGGGGAAGACUGCCAACGCGCCUGGUUCCCAGUAAAUGGGACAGUCAAGGCACCAGAGUACACUCGUCUCAAGGAAACCUGUGCGAAGCCCCCAAGUUCCAAUAUUUCUGAAUGGCUCAAGGUUGCUGUUGUAAUACACCAAGCAAUAACUGACUAUGAGGUUGGCCAGUCCCUUCUAAAAGAACGCCUUGAUGCCUCGUCUUCAUCAGAUGCUCCUCAAAAGGAUGCACAGCGACCAAAGCGUGUACGUGCUAGGCCAAUGCGGUUAGCUGAAGAUGACAACGAUGAUAGCAACCAUAAUUGGAGCUCUGAUGCUGAUGAGCACUCGUCUAGUUCCGAGGAGCUUGACACCGUCCAGUCAAAGAGUAAGCCCAAAAAAGUGCCAAAAAUGCAGAGGGGCAAGAAAGGAGGGACGGAAGUGUCGCAUAAGAAGAGGAGAAUCGGGAAGGAUCCUGUUAACAAGCCACCACCCAAGGAUGCCAGCAACGCCAGUCUGGCAACACUAGACGCUGAAGAAGCCAUUCCCAAACCUAGGUCAUUAGCUGGAGCACCUACAGCGAAAGUGUCAAGUGCCCUUUCGAGACCAAGGCCAACAAAGUCAAACAUGGAUCAAACUGCAGACCAGAGUGGGAAAACCAGAAAGUCUUCUGAACCAGGAGGCAAGACAGCAACAGAUCCAAACGCAAAAUCUGGGAGAGCAGAAAAGAAAAGCAAGCCUGGUACGAUGAAAGUGGCUACCGAUACUAAGAGUGCAGCAGCAGAAGCCAAGAAAAGAAAGUUACAAGAGGCUAAAACGAAGGUCGCGUCAGCCCAAGCACAAGCUGAAACUCUGUUUGCCAAUGGAGGCAUCAUAAAAAAACAGCAGGCUAAAAAAACACAGGAUGCUGAAAAUCAGCCAAUUUCAACCGACAAUCAGUCAAUUUCAACCGAAAAUCAUGCAAAACCAUCAAAUCAACGGAAAACAGUACCGCUGCAACCAAUUCAAGAGACCCGACAACCAGAGCAACAUCAGCACCACCAGAUACAUCAGCAAUACCAAGCAACACAACCACAGCCACUGCCAGCUAGACAACACACACAUCCAACACCACAGGACCACACAGGACAACUGGAACCUGUGCACCACAGUCUCCAACACCCGAUACAGGAUCAUUUGCCAGUACACUACUCCCCACAUCAAAUGCCGGACACACCACAGCACCCGCCAAAUGAAUUUAGCUAUUUGGCGUACCUGGAUGGAUGUGGUGAGUGUGUUUUUAAGGAAGAACAGAUGUCUGCCCUCAAGCUACAGCAUCAACAACUGCAGCGAGACUAUGAAUCCCUUCAAAAGAAGUAUCAAUCAUUGGUAGCAGAAAGAGAUAAUUUGAAACAUUCUGCAAGUGCUGCGAAUGAUGCUGACAGCCUACUACCUGCGAGGUACACACCAGUCAAAGGCAUGAAAGUGGAUCUCUGUACUUACAUGAUACUAGAUGUAAAUGCUGAGGUCCAACCACUGUAUGAAAGGCUGGAACAGUCGAGGCUGGCUGUGAGACGAGCUUGGCUGACAAAUCUCCUGGCCAAGUGCAAAGGGAAGGAGCCAUCAUACACUUUUAAAAAGAUGUUGGAUGGCUUCUUCCAACCAUCCCAACUGGGAAAAGAAAACUCGUCAUCGAUGAUGUCAAAUUACCCAGACAUCAUGGAAGGCCUGACGUUGUUUGCUAUCAAUAAACUUCACUUGAGGGGGGAGAAAUUAACAAGGGCUAUCAACCAGAAAUGUAGCACCGCAAGACGAACAACAGGAAGCAUUUGAUGACAAUUAACUUUUCAACGACGGAUUUUUUGCAUGAUUUUGCUUCAACCCUGACAUAACAAAAUUUUGAUUUACAUGUGCAUUAUUAAAUUAUUAUAAUGUAUAUGCUUAUUAAGAAAGCAGUCAUAAUGUUUUUAAAAUGAAUAAAAAUAUUGAUUUACCGAUAUGAUGAUUAUUUGAUAUUAUAUUUACUUUCUGGUGUUUGAUUACAUUUUAAAAUUUCUUCCAUUAUUUGACGUCAGGUAUAAUCACAACAAGAAAAUAGAUAUGAAGUGAUUUUUUUCUUUUCUUGUAAUAUAAUCUUGAGAAACUUCUAAUUGUGGUACUGAUGAGCUUUAGAUGUUGAACAAAACCACAUAUUUUGGGGGAAUUGUCCCGACAGGUUAAAGCCCAAGUAUAAUUUUGGUCAGUUAUAUUACCUUUUUUGUCAAUCGUACACAAAGAAAAGUAUUCUACAUCAUCCCAGACAAUUAAGAACCAUAUCUAACCCACUGAAAAUUGUUUAUAGUGACAAAAUGUAAUGUUUAAAUUAUUACGGAACAUGUAACUGUAAAUACCUUACCUGUGGGAAAUGAUUUUUUUUUUUUUUUGCCAUUUACCAAAACUAUACUUUGGAUAUAAGCAUGAAUUCUUCAUUUACUUUAUUUUACAACAUGUCAAGUUGAAGAUUUGCAUGUUAGUAUUUUGAAGCAUUUAGAAAGUUCUAACAUCAACUGUCUUAAAAAAACGUGAAUACCAGCAAAGUAAUAUUCUUUCAUUUCUUGUGAACAGGCAAUAUUUGCAAAUGUGGGUUAAUAGAUAUUGAGCAAAAGCCACAUAUCUGUGGAUCAUUGUUCUUGAUGGGUUUAAAGUGCUGUCUAUAAAAUCUGGUACAGGGGAACCUCAUUAGAAUGAGCCACUUUGGACCAAUACUGAAAUUCUCUCAUAUCACAGGUCUCGCUAUGUCGGGUAUCUUGCUAUUUCUGACCUCGUUAUUUAUUACAAGGUUUCCCUGUACCUGGUUAUAAUUAAAAAGCACAGUCAAUGGCUUAAAUCAUUUUUAGGUUGGCUUUAGUAGCCAUGAUAGUUUUGUGUGUGUUACAUUCACCAUCUUUCAGUCAUUUACAUUACAUAGUAGUCCUUGUGACCAUUUUUAUUGUGUGAUAACAGGCAGUGUAGAUCACUGACUCAUCAAACUCAUCAGUUGUAUUUUUUUUUUUUGUGUGUGCAUUUUGCAUCUUAAGUUUUAACAGUGGAUGGCAGACUUGCCCAUUUACCUGGGAUUUAGGUUAUAUCAGCCACAUCUAGUUCGUGUACAAGGCUGUGAACAUGUGUUGUGGUCUCAUACAUUUCUGUUAAAGAGGCUGAGCUACUACCUGUAAGCAUAUCAAUUCA